AUGUCGUUUGUUCUUACAAAGAUCACGCAGCUCUUGAUUCGAUCGUAUUCGCUACUCACCAUUAACAUACUGGGCCAUACUGAACGAAUACGAUCGAAUCAAGAGCUGCGUGAUUCGUAUCAGAAUGUUAAUGUCUACUGUGCAUUAGAGGUGGGAUUUCAGUUCAAAGUAUUGCACGAUUCCAUACUGAACAUUGAGCCUAGAGCUGUAGAAAUAUACAGAAGCCAGCAGGGUAAUCGAAAAGAUGAAAGCAGCGAUGUUGAAGGUUUGAUAGAAGAUCCAUUAUUUCAUAAGUGCGUUCGAGAAUGUCUGAAAGAGAACAUAUUACAUCAUAUUCAAAUUGUAAGGUACUUCAAUCUUUUCCAAAACGUGACGUCACCUAUUCUUGGUGUUUCGAUAGGAGUAAGCAUGAUAUUUCUUGCAUCUCUGUCACUAGUUCUUACAAAGAUCCAGAUAUUCUCAUUUGACGCAGUAAAAUUCACAUUCUUUUUCUUUCUGGAACUUUGCUUUGCUUUUGGCUAUUGUUUCAUGGGAACCUCUCUAACUGAAGCAAGUAAGCAGAUUCCAAACGCUCUUUACAACUGCCCAUGGUUCAAGCUGCUGAGGAAUGAGGAAAAGAAAAUUUUACUGAUAUUUGAAAUGAAUACAGAAAAUAGCUUGGUCCUCAAAGGAAAUGGACUAUUUGUAAUCGAUCUACAAUUAUUCGUACAGAUUGCGCGAACGACUUACUCAAUAUUCAACAUCUUCUCUUCAAGAGAGAAAUAA